AUGUCAGAGGGUUACGAAAACUCCAAUCAAUUAGUGGGAGAAUCGCCACAGGAUGAAGUGAAAAUGACAAACUCGACAACGUUUGAGAGCAAGAAUGCAGGGACAACAUCGAAGAAAUUGAAGCCGAAGCAGACCUCUAAACGGUUGAAUGAUGAUACUUCACCGGCAGUCAUUGCAAUGUCUAAUUUGAGAUGUCCUUCGCCCCCUCCCAUUCUUCAACAUCCCACCUUGCCGUCUCAAAUGGAUCAAUCAGUACAGCCAUCCAAAGAAAAGGAAACGCUUUCAGGGGUGAUGUCAAAAUCUUCAAGGCAUGGCUCGGCAGACUCUUUGCCUCUGUCCGAUAUUGCGUCCGCGGCAAAUGAUUCUUCAGCUAAUAGGAAUGGAACUGUAGGAUUAGCUGGGUCUGCUCAGCUCCAGGAGCCAGGAUCAAAUGUAUCCAAGCUAACGCAGUCCCUCAGGAAAAAUCCUAUCAAACAGGAAGUGCCACGAUCCAACUCACCAAUAGUAGUGAGACAUGAUGAAGACGAUGUUCUUGCAAUGCCAGCACCACAGCAUCAGCGAACCACAUCGAUGCAUGCUCACUUCUCUGUCGAGGAUAUAAUGAAACACCCAAAUGCUCGAUCGAGAUCUGGUUCAGCAUCUACUAAUGAUUUAGAAGCUCCGCAUCAUAUAGCUCCACCAAUGCCUCUAAUAAAGCCCAACGAAGUUGCACAUCCCGCAACAUCUGAUCCGACGACUUCAACAGAUGUGCAUUUGAGAUUACCUCAAGAUGAUGGCAAACUACAUAUCCUUUUUGGUGCUUGCGGGUCUGUUUCGAUCAAGAAAACACGACUUAUCAUCAACAAACUUGAACAAAUAUACAAAGACAAUGUUUCGAUCCAGUUAAUACUGACAAAAGCUGCAGAGCAUUUUGUAUCCAGAGGUGAAUUUCCAGCCAAUGUACAAAUAUGGAGAGAUAAAGACGAAUGGUCAGUCUGGAAUGGCAGGACGGAUCCCGUUCUUCAUAUUGAGCUAAGGCGAUGGGCAGACGUUUUGAUUAUAGCUCCUCUAAGCGCCAAUACUAUGUCCAAGAUUGCUAUGGGUCUAUGCGAUAAUCUUCUAACGAACGUUGUUAGGGCAUGGAAUACCCAAUAUCCAAUUAUUCUUGCACCAGCUAUGGUUUCCUUCGCGUACACAUCCCCUGUCACCAAAAGACAUGCAAAAACAAUCAAAGAAGAUAUGAAGUGGAUAGAAAUUUUGAAGCCGACAGAAAAGGUGGUUAGCAGUUAUGGAGAAAUAGGAAUGGGUGGAAUGAUGGACUGGAAUGAAAUUGUCGAUAAAAUAGUUCAAAAAAUGGGAGGGUAUCCCGAGGAUGAAAAUGAUGAGGACGAUGAGGGCGAGGACGACAUAAGAGGCGGAGAAGAUGAAGAGGAUGAAGGAGAGGAUGAAGAUGAAGAAAAAGAAGAUGAGGACGAUGACGAUGAAGAUGAAGACGACGAUGAAGAUGAUGAUGGAGACAAUGUAGAGGAGUCAGAAGAACAGAAUGAACCGCCGCUGAUAAGUGGGAUAAGGAAGCUAACUGUUGCGGAAGAAGAUGAACUUAGCGAAGCAAUUGAAGGAGGCAAGCAUUCGGGCCCAUUAAACAACUAG